GAUUAACCUGGAAAUGAAAUUAAAGUGAUUAAGGACUCUGAAGGUGGAAAACGGGUGAUGGUUAUAGCUGGGCAUAACCCAGUCAGGCAUGUCCCAUUCCACCAUAGCUACAAUCUUGAAGAACAAGAACAAAGUGACAGAAGUUGUUAUAGAUCUGCUUCAUUGACGGCAACGAGACUAACAAAAAUUCAAAAAGGGCCAAUAUCAGAUAUGGAGAAACUUCUAAUGACCUGGAUUCAAGACCAGACACAGAAGCUUAUAUUUCUCAGCAUCAUGACGAUAUGGCCAAAGCAAAAUGUUUGUUUGUGACGUUGACUAUACUGCUAGCUCUGAGUAUUUUAAAGGAUUCAAAAAUGAAUCAUCAUUCAUUACAUAAUGUGAAAAAGUGAGUGUUGAGUCUGCUAUUGCUGAUGUGAAGGCAGCAGCAGAAUUUUUGGAAACUAUAUAAACUGAUUGUGAAAGAAAAUUACUUGCCAGAGUAAAUAAUUCUAUGUGGAUGAAAUCUCCAUACUCUGGAAACAGAUGUCUUGAAAGGUCUUCAGCCCAAAAGGAGGCCAAGUCAAUGUCAAGUUUCAAGGCUUUAAGGACAGGAUAGCAGUCUUGCUUGGGGGCAGUGUUGCAGGCUACAAAUUGGAACCCUUUGUGAUCUGACACACUGAGAACCUCAGGGUCUUCAACCGUAUCAAUAAGCUGGUAGUAUAACACUGAUAGUAUAACACAGGAGCAAUAGGAUGUCAUGAAUGACCCAGCUUCUCUUCCAAGAUGCCCUCCUGAGUUGCUACAGCAGCAAAAUGGAGAAAUACUAUUUGGAGAAUAACACCUUUCAAGGAACUUUGUUUACUGUUGGCUAUGCUGCCGGACAUCUUCCUUUUAUUGGUGGUCUUCACCCCAACAUCAAAGUAGUGUUUCUCCCUCCAGACAACCUCUUUGAUUCAACCAAUGGAUCAAGGAGUUAUAGCAGCUUUUAAAGCCAGGACCUUUUGCCCAGGCUAUUGCUGCAAUAUAAAAACACUGAGAAUAUACUGAUGAAGUUCUAGAAUUACUACAAUAUCUAAGACUGCAUAAGAAACCUGCUUAGGGUGAUGUCACCUAGGCAUAUAUGAAAGGCAUCUGGAAGAAGACACACAAAAAGUCCGUCCAUGACUUCAAAGGAUUUGUCAAGGAUGAGGAUGUUGCAAAAAUCAGGCCAUGGCUGAACAGUGGCAAACCACUUUAACCUGUGUAUGUAUAAGGAUGACACUGAGUCGCUCCUAGAGGUGAUUCCUGCGGAACUGACUAAUGAGGACUCAUUAGGAGGGGAACAGGAACAAAUAGCUGAAGAAAAGGCAAGAGAAAAGGAAACUGCAAGAGAAAAAAAAGAAACUUCAUGGUGAAGGCUUUGGCAGAAGUUUUUGCUGACUUCAUUCAGCAAGCUCCUUACGAAGUUUGAAAACAUGGACCCAAACAUGGAAAAGUUCUCAUUACAUAGAGAGGAAUGUUCAUGGUGCAUUAUUUGUUUACAAACAAAUCUAUAAUGAAAAAAGAAAGAAACCAAACGAACCACUAUGGACAGUCAAAUCUCGGUUCUCAAACAUCUCCCAUCUUGAACACUUGGAUUCUCAGCCAAAUUAUUCACACAGUAAAAAAUGUCUCAGUUGUCAACCAAAACUUGUUUUUGAUGUGACCCUUUCAUGUGAUACCUCAGCAAGAUAAAAAGCAAUAAAGGAGAGAAUGCUUUUGUUGCUAGAGAAAUCGAGGAUUAGCACAAUUUAGGAAUUUUGAGAGUGCUAAUAUUCCUAAGGGUGUGAAAGUGUUCACCAAACAACAAUCACAGGCAAUUGAAUACGUAGAAAAACUUGUUGAUUGUAUAAAGGAAAAGCAAUUAGCUGGUGAUAGCAUUUCCAAGCAGUAGUGUAUGAAAAAUUUGUUUAAGGCUAUAGGGAGUGGCUCAAUUAAUUUAAGAAAAGGAGUGUUUAUUUAUAAAUUUAACAGUACACAUGUACUAUCUAUAAAAAAGGUUAGAACGGAAUCACUAGGGGUUUGGAACACAUUCAAUUUACAUUAUUUCUAAUGGGAAAAAAGAUUCAGUUUAAAAGAUUCGGUUUUCAAGCAGCUUCCUGGAACGAAUUAAGUUCUAGAAACGAGGUUCCACUGUAUUUCUGAAAAGAGUGAAGUCACUUCAAUAAGAGCCUCAGGCAGGUCCUUCAGGAGGUGUUCCAGAAGAAAGCAGUGUUAUCCUCAGAGAUGCGUGUUACUGCCCCUGAAGACCUUCCAAUGGGAUGAGAUGUGGAGGUGAAAGACAGUGAUAUAUAUGACAUUGUAUAGGGCUAAACUAAUGUGUUUGUGUGUUUAACAAAACAACAAAAAAAGUAUUUUUAAAAAUUAAAUAGAAAAAAGCUUGUAGAAUAAGGACAUAAAGAAAAAAUAAUUUUUAUACAGCUAUACAAUGUGUUUAUGCUUUGAGCUGUUAUAAAAAGAGUCAAAGAGUUAAAAUUUUUGUUUGUAAAGUAAAAAGUUUACAGUAAGCUAAGAUUAAUUUAUUGAAAGACGUUUUUUAAUGAAUUUAGUGUAAUCUGUAUGUGCAGUGUUUAUAAAGUCCAUAGUCAUGUAUAGUAAUGUCCUAGGCCUUCAUGUUCACUCACUCACUUACUCACCCAGAGCACCUUCAGUCUUGCAGGCUCCAUUCUUGGACUAUCGGACAAAACCUUUUUGCUGCAGCGCUUGUCCAUUUUCUUCAAAAUUCUUCUCUGCCUACAAAAGUCAUUUUCGGAAUGUCCAUAGUGAAGACUUUGAAAAUAGGAUUCUCCUUAAUUGCCCCUACUGUACCUUCAAUGCAGACAAAAAGACUUUGGAAACACACAUUAAAAUAUUUCAUGCUCCAAACGCCAGCACACCAAGUAGCAGCCUCAGCACUUUCAAAGAUAAAAGCAAAAAUGAUGGCCUUAAACCUAAGCAGGCUGACAGUGUGGAGCAAGCUGUUUAUUACUGUAAGAAGUGCACUUACCGCGAUCCUCUUUAUGAAGUAGUUAGGAAGCACAUUUACAGGGAACAUUUUCAGCAUGUGGCAGCACCUUACAUAGCAAAGUCAGGCGAAAAAUCACUCAACGGUGCUGUCCCCUUAAGCCCAAAUGCCUGGGAAGAGGGUAGUAUUCACUGCAAGCGAUGCCUUUUCAUACCAAAGUCCUAUGAAGCUUUGGUACAGCAUGUCAUCGAAGACCACGAACGCAUAGGCUAUCAGGUCACUGCCAUGAUUGGGCACACAAAUGUGGUAGUUCCCCGAUCCAAGCCUCUGAUGCUAAUUGCUCCCAAACCUCAAGAGAAGAAGGGCCUGGGACUCCAAUCAAGAAUUGGUUCCCUUGCUUCUGGAAACGUCCGGUCUUUGCCUUCACAGCAGAUGGUAAAUCGACUCUCAAUACCAAAGCCUAACUUAAAUUCUACAGGAGUCAACAUGAUGUCCAAUGUCCACCUACAGCAGAACAAUUAUGGAGUCAAGUCUGUAGGCCAGGGCUAUGGCGUUGGUCAGUCAAUGAGACUGGGUCUAGGUGGCAACGCACCAGUUUCCAUCCCUCAGCAGUCUCAGUCUGUGAAGCAGUUACUUCCAAGUGGAAAUGGAAGAUCUUUCGGGCUUGGGGCAGAGCAAAGGUCCCAGGCACCAGCACGAUACUCCCUGCAAUCUGCUAAUGCCUCUUCUGUCUCAUCCGGCCAGUUAAAGUCUCCUUCCCUCUCCCAGUCCCAGGCAUCCAGAGUAUUAGGUCAGUCCAGUUCCAAACCUACUGCAGCUGCCACAGGCCCACCCCUGGCCAAUACUUCCUCAACCCAAAAGUGGAAAAUAUGUACAAUCUGUAAUGAGCUUUUUCCUGAAAAUGUCUAUAGUGUGCACUUCGAAAAAGAACAUAAAGCUGAGAAAGUCCCAGCAGUAGCCAACUACAUUAUGAAAAUCCACAAUUUUACUAGCAAAUGCCUCUACUGUAAUCGCUAUUUGCCCACAGAUACCCUGCUCAACCAUAUGUUAAUUCAUGGUCUGUCUUGUCCAUUCUGCCGUUCAACUUUCAAUGAUGUGGAAAAGAUGGCAGCACACAUGAGGAUGGUUCACAUUGAUGAAGAGUUGGGACCUAAAACAGAUUCUACGUUGAGUUUUGAUUUGACAUUGCAGCAGGGUAGUCACACUAACAUUCACCUCCUGGUAACCACAUACAACUUGAGGGAUGCCCCAGCUGAAUCUGUUGCUUAUCAUGCCCAAAGUAACCCUCCAAUCCCUCCAAAGCCACAGCCAAAAGUUCCGGAAAAAGCAGAUGCCCCUGUUAGAAGUUCACCUCAAGCUGCAGUGCCCUAUAAAAAAGAUAUCGGAAAAACCCUUUGCCCUCUUUGCUUUUCAAUCCUAAAAGGACCCAUAUCUGAUGCACUUGCACAUCACUUACGAGAGAGGCACCAAGUUAUUCAGACGGUUCAUCCAGUGGAGAAAAAGCUUACCUACAAAUGUAUCCAUUGCCUUGGUGUGUAUACCAGCAACAUGACUGCCUCAACUAUCACUCUGCAUCUAGUUCACUGCAGGGGUGUUGGGAAGACCCAGAAUGGCCAGGAUAAGACAAACGCACCCUCUCGGCUUAAUCAGUCACCAGGACUGGCACCUGUGAAGCGCACUUACGAGCAAAUAGAAUUUCCCUUGACGAAAAAGCGAAAGUUAGAUGAUGAUAGUGAUUCACCCAGCUUCUUUGAGGAGAAGCCCGAGGAACCUGUUGUUUUAGCUUUAGACCCCAAGGGUCAUGAAGAUGAUUCCUAUGAAGACAGGAAAAGCUUCCUAACAAAGUAUUUCAACAAACAGCCCUAUCCCACCAGGAGAGAAAUUGAGAAGCUGGCAGCCAGUUUAUGGUUAUGGAAGAGUGACAUUGCUUCCCACUUCAGUAACAAGAGGAAGAAGUGUGUCCGAGACUGUGAGAAGUACAAGCCUGGUGUGUUACUGGGCUUCAACAUGAAAGAGCUAAACAAGGUUAAGCAUGAGAUGGAUUUUGAUGCUGAGUGGUUAUUUGAAAAUCAUGAUGAGAAAGAUUCCAGAGUGAAUGCUAGUAAAACUGCUGACAAAAAGCUCCACCUUGGGAAGGAAGAUGACAAUUCCUCAGACAGUUUUGAAAAUUUGGAAGAAGAAUCCAACGGAAGUGGUAGCCCUUUUGACCCUGUUUAUGAAGUUGAGCCUAAAAUCUCUAAUGAUAAUCCAGAGGAGCAUAUACAGAAGGUCAUUUCUGAGGAUGCUUUAGAAUCUGAGGGAAAGCUAGACCAAAAAGAUGUGGAUGGUUCAAAAUAUGAAACUAUUCAUUUGACUGAGGAAACAACCAACAAACUAAUGCAUGAUGCUUCUGAUAGUGAGGUUGACCAAGAUGAUGUUGUAGAGUGGAAAGGUGCUGCUUCUCCGUCUGAGAGUGGCCCUGGUUCCCAGCACGUGUCAGACUUUGAGGACACUUGUGAAAUGAAACCAGGAACCUGGUCCGAUGAGUCUUCCCAGAGUGAGGAUGCAAGGAGCAGUAAGCCAGCUGCCAAAAAAAAGGCUACCAUGCAAGGUGACAGAGAGCAGUUGAAAUGGAAGAAUAGUUCCUAUGGAAAAGUUGAAGGGUUUUGGUCCAAGGACCAGUCACAGUGGAAGAAUGCAUCUGAAAAUGAUGAGCGCUUGUCUGGUCCACAGAUUGAGUGGCAGAAUAGCACAAUUGACAGUGAGGAUGGGGAGCAGUUUGAGAACAUGACUGAUGGAGUAGCUGAGCCAAUGCAUGGCAGCUUAACUGGAGUUAAACUGAGCAGCCAACAGGCAUAAGUGACAGGUUCUCGGACAUCAGGGCCAGGUUCUCUGGCGUCAGUGACAUGCUGCAGCCUGGAACUCUGUUCUUUGAGUAUGACUGCAAAACAAUAUUCUAACUGGUACUGCCUUCUGAGUUGCUGGGUUAUCAGGCUGUAAGGACAUGUGGCCACUGCAGUCCCGAUGGUUAUUUCUAUGAUACAUGACUGGCUGAUUUGCUUUAGAACUUGCUGUGACAGACACAGUAACUAAAUGUGAAAAACCAAUAAGCUGGUGGCUCACGAAUGCACACAAGGAAAAGCAGAGGUUUAUUUUAUCUGCCUUCUCAACAUUUCUUUCCCUCUGUAAAAUGUUUGGUUGAAUGUCCUUAAGAAGUGUUAUCCUGAUUCACAUGGUAGCAUAGGGCCAACAUACACGCUACCAGUCCAAUGUGUAUAGUAGACUGGGGAAAAUUGAUUUUUUUUCAUGUAUUCAUUCUGAAUAGUUAAAAUGUAUAUUUGUACAGUCUUUUAGACCUAUUCAGGUAAUGCUUAUGAUAUUGUUAUUGUGUACCCAUCAUAGAUGUUUCUUUUUUAGUGUUGCCCUUGCUGUGUAACAAACGCUGUAUCUAGUUUACCUAGCAAAAGCUUGAAACUACGCUAGUAUAAACUUUUGAACAGACUUAGUUUUUGCACAUAACCUUGUACAAUCUUGCAACAGAGGCCAGCCACAUAAGAUAUAUAUCUGGACUCUCUUGUAUUAUAGAAUUUUUCUUGUUCUGAAUAUCCUUGACAUUACAGCUGACAAACAAAAACUGGUAUUUCAGAUCUGUUUUCUGAAAUCUUUUAAGCUAAAACCACAUGCAAGAAUUGACUUUGCAGCUACUAAUUUUGACACCUUUUAAGAUCUGUAUGAAAGUGUGUUGUGUUGAAGCAGCAAACCAAUGAGUGCUGCAUUUUGGAUAUUUAGUUUUAUCUUUAGUUAAACACCACCUGGUGUAUUCAUUUAUACCAUUUAAUAUAUGACACACUGUUGUAGUAUGUAUAAUUUUGUGAUCUUUAUUUCCCUUUGUAUUCAUUUUAAGCAUCUAAAUAAAUUGCUGUAUUGUG